ACCAGGGUUGGGAACCACUGCUUUGUAGAAUGUAGAAUGGGGGGAAUGUAGACUUGAACUAGGCUAGUAAAAGUCUGUCAGUGUGCAUUGCUAUUCUUGUUGGUGUGUAUGGUUUAUGAACUGUCGCUUAGAACGUUUAGUAUUAGUAUUUAAUUUUGAAACCGGGCCUGGAAAUAUUCUCUCAGUAUUAAAGAUUCAUUACAAUAGGCCUAUAUCAAAACACAAUUCGCAUUAAACACUCAAGCAAAGGUCUUCAGCAGUCGAAUGAUAGAAAAUCGCUUCUGUUAAAAAAAAAAAAAAGCCUUCGCUCGCGUAGGGUAGCCUACAAUAUUACCUUGAUUAAGUGCUCAGGUGUGUUGGCUGAUGAGCACCAAUCACAGACAGUCAGGUGCUGAUGGAAAAAAGAGGCAGGUGACGUCGCGCUUUUAUCGCUUUUGCGUAGUACAGUGAAACAGCACGCACACUGUGGUGGUGGAUGACAACGUGGUUUCCUUUUGUCAAGACGAGCAGUUUGGACUGAGAAGGAUGAUAGACGCUCCCACGGCUCACAGCUGAACUUGACAUCAAUGGGAAUAUGAUUGAAGAAACUGAAUUCAGUGGAAAAUGAAUGUUUAAAACAAGUACAUUCUGUAGCGCCAAUCCCCACCAUUUCCUGUAAAGACCAACGUCAUUAUUUGCUUCUCAAGAGUACGCUGCUUUUAACAGUUGUAAAAUGAAAAGGAAGUAUAUGAAAUUGCUAAUCGUUGCACUAGCUAGCAGCUUCUGCGUUGUCAUCAUCUUUUCCAAGCUAAAGGUUGUGGAACACAACCAAAAAGACUUGGCUAAGAUCCCUUCAGUUCCAGCUUCCACGCCAAAAAAACCCACAACUGUAGUGAUAAGCACUGUCAAAAAGAAAAGCAAAAGUGCCAUGCUGUAUGAGCUUCCACCACUAACGAUUUCUGAGACUUUCAGAAAAGGCUUUCCCAAAAACGGUGCCUUCUGGAACCGGAAGCUUCAUUCUCUCCUCCGGCAGUUCGACUCCAUCGACAAUCAAACGCACAAAGACCCACGUGACAAGUUUCACUGUCAGCCUGAGAGUUUUGAGUUGCUACAAACCAACAUUCAGGAUAUUCAGUCAUACCCUCCACUUUACGGAGACUUCCUUCGAGGCAUGGAGUGUCGAGACCCAGCACUUCUUAUCGAUCAGCCUGACAAGUGUGCAUCAGAGAGCGGACAGGAUCAAAUGUUCCUACUUUUUGCAGUCAAAUCCAUUCCAAAGCACUUCGAGAGGCGCCAAGCAGUCCGAGAGACCUGGGGAAGUGAAGGCUUGUAUGAAAACGGACUUCAGGUACGAACUGUCUUUCUGCUGGGCCGAUCAUCAGCGGAUGAUCCCAAUCUCGACAAACUGGUUUCGUUUGAAGCUCAGCAGUUUCAAGAUCUCCUCGUCUGGGAUUUUCAUGACUCCUUUUACAACCUGACUCUCAAGGAGCACGUGUUCUUCAAGUGGAUGCUUGAUAACUGUCCUCGCGUAUCUUUCGUUUUUAAGGGUGACGAUGAUGUUUUUGCUAACACUCAAGCGAUAUUGAAUCAUCUGCAGUCUCUGGAGCCAGAGCAGGCCACAGCGUUGUACACCGGGCAGAUAAUUUCUGAUGCCAGCCCGUUACGGGACCCUAAAAUUAAAUAUUAUGUUCCUCAGUCGUUCUAUGAAGGUCCUUACCCUCCUUAUGCUGGUGGCGGUGGAUUCCUUUUUUCUGGAAACCUUCUUCCGUCUCUUUACCACGUUUCCUUUUACAUACCCUUUUUCCCAAUUGAUGACGUCUACAAUGGGAUGUGCUUCAAGGCACUUGGAAUCACUGCAACGAAACACGAUGGUUUCAAGACUUUUGACAUUCGGGAACAAGACCGGGAGAACCCCUGUGUACACAAAAACCUGCUCCUGGUGCACCAGCGUGACCCUCAGCAGACCAUGAGACUGUGGAGAAAUAUGCACAGUGCCAUGCUGACCUGCUGAUGUUUGUAAACCAUUAAACCCCAUUGAGUUCAGCUGUAGUGCUUGAUAAAACCCAUGUUGGAAAAGAAUAACCUGGUGAAACUUUCUGGGGGGCAACAUGGGGAAAAUGCUGAGCAUUAAAGGUACCACUUAAGAGAC